AUGGGGAAGUGGUCCCAGAGGGAGUACGAUGAUGUGCUGGUGAGAAAAGUGGUCAAUCUGUUCGAGGGAUCAAUCAAACGUCUGGACAAGAGAACGAGAGAUACAAGGACUAUUCCUGACAAACGUUUCCGAACGUUUGUCCAACAAUUAGACCCAAAGGAUAUAGUUACACAAAGAGCUUUUGAUUCGAUUGUCGGAAACCACUUCUACUCGAGGAGGUCCGAUAUACCUGUUCGUACCUCCAAUCGACUCUCGUCCGCAACUACCUCGAUGGGACCGACUGGACUUCCUAUACCCGCAGACAGAAGAUUACCUAUAAGGACUGAACCAUCCUUGAGACGAUCAACCACGUCAUUAUCGAAUUUACGAAGAGACUUUAUCGACGAUGAAUUUCCAAACGGUAUAAAUUUCAGUUUGGAUCAAUUCUCCGGUAUCUCACCUCCGCCCAUAUCUCUCAGCCGAGCUAGAAACCCUCGGCCAAUACCUGUUCCUAUGACCAGAUCUGUCAACGCUAAUAACACCAAUCACAACAUAGGCGAACCUGCCAGUCCGCCAAAUGAAGCUAGUAGGCAUUGGUUAGAAGAAUACACUCAAUAUACCAAUCCUCAACCUAGGUUAGGCUCGCCCAGCAGAAAUACUCGAUAUCCUCGUACGGUCAUACGUUCGCCUAUACCGCAACCUGAGUUCGACUCGGAUGCCACGUCCGUGCCGGACGAGUUCGACACCUUGCUUGAUAGACCACAAAGCCCAGAAAUGGUCAAUAUGAAUCGGAUCAUUGGAAGGAGAAGGAGAAGGAUCGAGAUCGAUGGUACUGACAGUGAAUCGGAAGCAUUCGACUUGGCACGCAAUAGGAAUAGGAGUAGAAGAAGAUUGGAAAAUGUGGCGUCAGCAGCAUUACGAGAAAUCGAGGAGGCACGUACAGGUGAUGCACAGUCUCAACCUCGGACCGAAAGCGAAAGACGACUUCGAACGGCAAGUCCUUUACCUUUCAGUAUUGACUACGUCUCGCCGCCGCCGAUCUCAUAUUCGCCUACUCUGGGAAACAACGACGUUGAUGAUUUACGAGGUAGAGAUAGAGAAAAUAGGAGAAAUGGAGUGGUCUUCGAUGAAGUUGCUAUGCGAACGUUAUUCGGGGAGACACCUGCACCUACUAUUGAACAUAUCGAUGUGCUCCCUACUUCCGCGGGGAAUAUGGGAGCUGAGCGAAAUCAAACUGCUAGAGAGGGAGAUGAUGACGAAGAGAGGAUAAGAAGGGAACUUGAAGAUGAUUUGGUUCAAGCUCAUUAUCGAACUGAACUAUUUGGAGAUAUCGAUAGACCACUCCCGGCUUUUGAUCCUUUCCAUGAUUCCUAA